UACACGCAAGUGGAGAAAACGGAGGCAUGGUCUAGUGCAGCGAAGAUGGUGGAAACGUACAGCGACGAAAUGAUCAAACGCUGGAAGGAGGAAAUCGACACUUACCUUGUCUUCGCUGGUCUAUUCUCAGCCGUCCUCACCACGUUCAACGUACAGUCAUACCUUUUACUUCAACCCGCCGCGCCCGAUCCCUCCAUUGCUGUGCUGCAGCAGAUCUCCUCGCAGCUCGCGAGCUUCUCAAUUAACCCUCCCUAUGUGAACUCUACUCAGCCUUCGAGUACCACCCAUGCGAGCAAGAACAUCCCUCCACCAGUCCCGCGCUGGGCCGUCUGGCUCAACGCGCUGUGGUUCUCUGGCCUCAUUCUCAGCCUGACGUCCGCUUCCGUGAGCAUCAUGGUCAAGCAGUGGCUGAACGAAUACAGCAGCAGUGUCUCGGGGACAUCCCGUCCAGUUGCUCGGGUACGCCAGUACCGCCUGAACAACCUUCGAAGGUGGCGUGUCGAGGAUGUUAUUGGCGCUAUCCCUAUUCUUCUUCAGCUCUCCCUGGCGCUCUUCCUUGCUGGACUUCUUAUCCUCCUCUGGACUCUCAAUGACACAGUGGCGGCCAUCGCAUCGACGCUCGUCGGCAUUCUUGCCAUCUUCACCAUUGUCACCACGAUUCUCCCUCUCGUCAACCACGAGUGCUCCUAUAUCACGCCCCAGAUCCGCGCUGUC